CAACAGUAAUCGCAGUAGACGUGUGGAGUGAAGAACAAAGAAUUGUACAGCCAAUACCCAGCGCGGUACGGCACACCCCUGCGGCAGCCCGGUGGAGAUACGUGGAUGCUGGAAGGAAGUACCGCGCACAGACAAGACUACUACUCGCAGCACAUUCCAACUCUUGGAAGGUAAGGCUCUGUAAGGCCGUGGACAUCAACUAUGUCCGGCGGGAAGGAUCGUCGAUCCAGGGCGAGCAAAACGCAAGGAUGGGAGGAAGCCGGUGGCGAGUUUUACCAGGAAAGCUACCCUGCCGAUCUGGAGGGUAUGCAGCGGGAUCCAUCGAAGAUCGCGACCCUGUUACCGUCGAAGCAGACGCGCAAUGCUACUACGAGACGUGCCCGGCCGGCACAAGGCCAGGACACGAAGGGAGGUACCCGGCGGAGGGCCAGCUUCUCUACCGUGGCACGCCGAGGUUCACAGUAUCACGAAAUGCAGGUGGCCACCCUUCCCGAUCUGUCGGAGAACCUCAUCAACGAGGAACGAACAUGGGAGGAGAUCCGAGAGAUCAAAUCGAUGCCAGUUCCGAUGGCACAGAAGCGAGAAAUGAAGGCCCAGCUACAGAAUGCCACUAAGCUCCGGUUGCAGGGAUUCGAGCAGAUCAAAUGGCGCCGGCGGAAAGCGUGGCAGAGCUUUCGUUCGAAAUGGGGCGAAUAUCAAACGAAGCUCGAGCUAUGGCGAAUGUCGCUGAAAACGAUCGAGGGCAACUUUGGCACGGGUGUCGUCGCGUACUUUCUCUUCCUGCGAUGGCUUGUCUUUCUCAAUCUGUUGCUGUUUCUGCUGAUAUUCGCUUUCGUAGUGCUGCCGCAUCUAGUGUUGCGCGAACCAAGCGAUCUACCGUGCGAUCUGGUGGCGGAACCAACUUCCGUGCAGUGCUGCUCCGAGAGCUAUGAAAACGUGACACGCACCGCACAAUUCUCCGUGCUGGAUCUCAUUCAGGGGACCGGUUUCAUGGAAGGUACGCUACUGUUCUACGGCAUGUACACAAACCAAAUCUACGGUUACAGCCCGAUGGAGGAUCGAGCGUACCAAAGGGCACGCUAUCUGCGCGUAUCGUCGGCAGCGGCCAAUGCUUCGAGAACCAGCAUGGAUGCAGGGCUGUUGGAGGAGAACGCAGAAGACUAUGAUACGGAGAGACAAACCAUUUUGUACUAUGAUUUGCCGCUUGUAUACGUCAUCAUUAUAGCCAUCUACUACGUGAUAACGCUGGUCGCAAUCAUGCGUGCGGUAGUGCGACAAUUUAAGGAUCGUAUCGCCGAGGGUGAAGGACUGUUCUACCAGUACUGCAAUCUCGUAUUCGGCGGGUGGGACUUUUGCAUCCACAACCAAAAGUCGGCCGACAUUAAGCAUAGGGCAUUGCACAACGAGAUAAAGUCACUGCUUUACCAAAAGCGCUUUGAGCACGAGCGUAACAAUCGGUCGCGUGAGUUCAUGCUCAAACUAAUCGCCAUCCGUAUGCUGAUCAAUCUGAUUGUGUUCAUAAUUUUGCUGCUCGCUGCAAUAACGAUUUACGUUCUGUUCAACGUAUCGCUGGCCGAGCUGGAGCCUAACUUUACACCCUCACAUCCGGUUAGCUUCGGCGAGAGUAUCGCUAACCGGACGCUGUACAUGAGCUGGCCGUCGUCCUGGUCGGUGUUUUCUUCGGCGUCACAACGCGGUGCCAUCACGUUCGCAAGUACCAUCACACCCCUGCUGUCGUCGAUGAAUGAUGACGCGGGCAUGGGUGGAGCAUUCAAUUCCACCGAUCCAACGAUGGAUCGGCUGGAGGAAAAGCUGCGCGUAUUGUUUUACGAGUUCCUGCCAUAUCUGGCGAUAGUGUGUAUGAACCUGGUCGUGCCGCAGCUGUUCAACUAUCUGGUGCAGUACGAAAAAUAUUCACCCCUGUUCGUGAUAAAGAUCAGCCUCUUCCGGACGGUUUUUCUACGACUAUCGUCACUGGCCGUGCUGCUCAGUCGAUUCUAUUUCCUAAUCACGCCGAUGAAUGUGACGCAAAAGCUGUUGAUAAAUGCUUCCUCCGAGCAGGGUAUGGAGCAGACAACCACCAGUACGAUGUCGCCACCGACAACUACUAUUCCCAUCAGUACCAGUACCGUUACCACCGCUGGCUAUCAACUCUCCGAAAUGAAUACAUCUUUCGUAGCUAAUUUAACAACGACUACGAUUUCAGUACUCAGUACAUUGGUGCUGGAUCAACAGCCGAUAGCGGAGGCUCAAACACAACAGCAACUACCAGUCCAGCAGCAAUGCUACGAUGAACCGAAUGGUGCUCCACAGUGCUGGGAAACGUUCGUCGGUCAGCAAUUUUACAAGCUGUUCAUCGUCGAUUUUGCGACGCAUUUUCUCGUGACGUUCUUUGUGAACUUUCCGCGCGCGCUGUUUGCGCGGCAUUCCAGCUCACGGCUGGCCAAGUUUAUCGGCGAGCAAGAGUUCGAGCUGUCCAAGCACGUACUUGACGUGAUCUACUCGCAGACACUUUGCUGGCUCGGUACCUUCUACACACCGUUUCUACCUGCUAUCGCCGCGCUGCUAACGUUUCUGAUGUUCUACAUCAAAAAGUUCGCCUGUUUGGUGAACUCGAACCCCUCGGCAAUACUAUACCGGGCCUCUCGGUCGAAGUCGCUGUUCAUGUCCACACUGCUCAUCUCGUUCACACUCGCCCUGGUGCCGGUGGUAUAUGCACUAGCCGAAAUAGUGCCAUCGCGCUCGUGUGGUCCUUUCCGGGGGCUACCGUCCGUGUGGGAUCGUGCGAUAGCAGCGUUCAUGAAGAUGCCACUGUUCUUCCAGAACGUCAUCUUCUUCUUCGGCACGGCCAGCUUUGCCAUACCGUGUUUUGUGGUGCUCACCUUCUUCAUCUACUACUACUACGCUGUCUCGACGGCCAAUCGGCACAUGGUGCAGGUGUUGAAGCAGCAGCUCGUGCUCGAGGGCCACGACAAGCAAUUCCUUCUCAGUCGGCUCAGCCUAUUCAUCAAGCAGCAGCAGGAGUAUCAAAAACGCAUGAUGCGUCAAGCCGCCGAACAGCAACACCAUAUGCAGCAACAACAGUACCAGCAACACUCCAUCUCUGGUAACUCUGCGAACAAUGUGAUACCGCCCCCGCCACCAUCGGCAUACCAGCAGCCACCGAUCGUGCCACCACCACGAACCAACAGUCAAUCGCAGGCGUCGGAAGCGACGCCUGCCCUACCGCCACGUGCGGAUCGAGACUCGAAGCCAAGCAGUCGGGAUCGACCGAAAGAUCUUCCACCUCCUCCGAUACCGGGCGGUGGUUCCGUGUCUGCCGGGAACAGCACGGGUGCCAACUGAAGCACGGGGCCGGGCAGCGAAUACCAUGAGAUUAAUACACAUUAAAACGUUUGUUCCUUUUAUCUUCACGUCCUGCAAUGGACGUGUUUCGCGACACGUGUUUGAGACACGCGACCCUCCCCGAUCGUGAUAUUAUAUUCCAACUGUUAGGUUUUUCUUAUGAUUGUACGAAAUCAACGAAAUUAUUAUUAUUUAUUCUUGUAGCUAUAAGCGCACACUUUUUGAGAUACAAUUUUAGUUUAGUCGAGUGAAAAAUGCGGAAUUGUUUCGCUGCAGUUCAAUGCAGCGCUGGACGGAAGAGCAGUUUAGAAUAGAAGUCACGAAUCAUUACUCCAUCCUCACGCGAUAUUAGCAGUCUUCUUUGAUGGUUCGUUGUUUAUAACUUCUUAGUGAGACACGCGAUAGGUGCUCGCAAAGAGAGGACACAAGAUGCGUCAGAAACCAUCAGGACGAUCAGGAGCUACGAGGGAUAGCCGUGUAAAAUAUACAUAAAAUCGAGUUCAUCUCACUUUUAAAGUGUAUUGUAAAGCGCAACUCAUAAAAGUCAUUUAUAACUUCAUUUAUCGUACAUUUGUACAUACAUCUACGUUAUCGUAACCAUCUAUGCGUGUUUGUGAAUAAUUUUAAGUGCAUAAAUCGAUCCACUGUUUAUGCUUGAGUUUCCUUAAAAACAAAUUACGCACGGGGGAUGAUUGUAUUUUGUUUUAAGUUUGCAUAUAAUUUACAAAAUUAGUAUAAAUUUUUUAGGUCCAUUG